CAUGAGCAAUCCUUUCAUCGAGACACAAUGCCUCCCAAAGCCGUGACAAAAGGGGCCGCUAUGAGCAGCAGCAGCAGGAUCCCCCUCCAUUUAAUUCGGCACGGUUGCGCCCUGGUCGCUUUUGGGCUGCUCUUCGGCUUCGUCGUGCCGCUGACGCCGUAUCCGCGGUUGGGCCUCACAGCGCACAUCCAGUUCUGCGUGGAGGGAACCAUGGUCCUCGCUGCAGGACUACUUCUCCAAUCCGACCCGUUUGCGAGCACGCGGAGCGCAUCCGCCAAGCCCGUUCCUCUGGCGCACAAACUGGGACCAUGGCAGUCACGCAUCAUAUACUUCGGCCUCUCGCUGAUUUGGGUCACGCUGCUGUCGGAGGCGGCGAAUGCUUGGUGGGGCACACAGUGGGUGCUCACGCAAGCCCAUGCUGCCGCGGGCUUGAAAGGCGAUGGGCCUGCGGCACAGUGGAUGGAAUUGGUGGUUGAAUACUGCCACAAGCCGCCCGCGGUGCUGCUUGCCACGGUUUUUCCAACAAUUCUUUACGCCCUCUUCCAGGAGCCGUAGGGACAGCCGGGCUUUCUGUCUGGUCGGAACCGGGGCACGGCGAAGCGGGAGUCCCUCAACGGAGAGAGUUCGGAGCUAGGUUAUGUGGAGCCGUUGCGCCCACCGACAGACAGGGCGCCGACGUCGUGAUCAUCUAGGCAGAUGAGUCAGGACGAGGAGGCAAGGCAGGACGCUUGCUUGUUCUUUGUCUUUUUUGGUGGCUUGUGAAUUCGGUUCGAUGGCGAGCAUUGGCACGAGCCGCAGCAAGGGCUCAAACAUUCCCGCGCCUACAUGCAAGCCAACAUGGCUGAAGCUCACUUCAAUUUGAGCCCCUCGCGGGUCUUGGGCGCCAUGAACCACCCAAGACUGAAUGGGCUCUUCCUAACGAUGUAGAGUUUGCUUAUAUACGGAAAGUGGUUGUAUUUGGCAAUGGCUCAUCAGCUGCAUCGUCGGCCCAAGGGUGCUUCUCACACCUGUACGAACGGGACCAGCUGCUGCUUGGCGCGGCUGAGAAACUGACGUGUGCGCGGCAAGAGAGCGCUCGGUAGUCCUUGAAAGAAGACCCGAUGCCGCCAAUAAACCCAACCUUUCUCCUGCGAUUGAAUGCUGGGGAGCUGGUUGGUCCCAUGACAUGCGGGGCGCAAAUAAGCG